UAAAACUCUUAAGUCAGUAGGAGUAUUGUUGAAAAGUGACUGAAAAUAAUAGACAAAUUUUGACAAGGGAAGAUAUGGCGUACAAGAAGGGUAUCACUUCGGUCUUCAAAUUCAGCUUUGCGCUAAUAUUUUUAUUGUCUUUAAGACAAAAUAGCACGCAGGCGAUUAAAACUUUUGAACGACCGGUAGAUUGUGGACCACCCAAUGUUUACCCAGAGCAUUGUGAGCAUGGUACCUUCAGUUUGAACUUCGAUCCUCAGUUUUGCCUUCCACGCACACUUUGCCAUAAAGAUGUCGGUGAGGCCUGUAAGAAAUUUGGCGACACGAGUGAUUGUAAGCCAGGCUUAUUUUGCAACUGUGAUCGUCGCUGCAAUGAAAAACUGAUACUGUGUGAAAAUUCGAUAAAAUGGUCGGAGCUGGCAAAACGCAUGCGACCCAAUCUGCCAGGUUAUAUGUAUUAAAAAAAUUAAGUAGCCAAAAGUGAUAUUUAUAGGGUAAAUUUCGUAUAGAAAUUGGUAACUUAAAAAUAAAAUUUUAUUUUAUGUAAGUAACAGUUUGACGGCUCGGAUAAGUGGUAUUUGUAAAUUCAGUAAAAUAACUGAGUGAUAAACAAACUUUUUAUAGUCAAGCAUAAUUAGAGAUCUCUAUUUAUGCAUAUCGGUAUAGACUUAUU